UGAAAAUUCUAAUUUAAAAAUAUUGUGAUGUUUGUGUGUGAUGGUCGUUAAAGUAGUUAGAAAGAAUUUAUUUCUUUUAAAAGUUAGCUAAGAAGAUGUAAAUGUAAGAGAGUGGUAUUUAAAUAUUGUUUUAGUGUAGUGUUUGUGUUCAAAAUGAAAGUAGUUGAAGCAAAAAUUGUUGUAUUGGGAUCGCAAGGUGUGGGAAAAACAAGUCUAGUGGUGCGAUACAUUGGCAAGAUGUUCUCAAAACAUAUAUCACCAACCAUAGGUGCCUCGUUCUUCACAUGUAAUAUUAAUGUUGAUGAUUCAAGGGUUAAAUUACAGGUAUGGGAUACAGCCGGCCAAGAGAGAUUCCGGUCAAUGGCCCCGAUGUACUAUAGGAAUGCUAACGCGGCGUUGCUCGUCUAUGAUAUAACUAGUACCAGUAGUUUUGCAGCCAUCAAAGGUUGGGUGAAGGAGUUACAAAGUAAUGUACCUGAACCAAUGGUGCUGGCGUUAGUGGGCAAUAAAUGUGAUUUGGAAUCUUGUAGAGCAGUUUCACAUAGUGAGGCGACGCAGUAUGCUACGUCCAUAGGAGCGGCGUAUUGUGAAACGAGCGCGUUGCACGAUCAGGGUAUAGACCAAGUAUUCCUAAGUACAGCGACAUCUCUUCUGAAGCUGUCCAGCACUAACCUUGUCUCUUCUAUGCGUUCCUAUGACUCUGUGGACGGUGACGAGAGACUACCUAUUGGUACACCAACAGAAGAAACAGCAACUCAUACAGGCAAAGUUGAAUUGCCGGCGUGGCAGGACGACCGGGUCGCUCACGGGGAGACGCAAAGAAAUAUGUGUUGCUAGCAUUGAAAUUAACAAUUUAAGCGUGCACUUUUUAUUAUGAUAGAAGUUUUAUAAAGGAAAUUUAUUUAAAAAAAUUAAAACGUGUUAUGAUAAGAGAUUAUUAGGCAUGUGACGUUGAAGGUUGAAGGUGUUUACGUAAAUUAUAUAUAGAAAUAAUUGGUUAACAAUGUAUAUUUUAAAGGGUUUAAGAAUGUUAAAAUUGUAUAAAGAAAUUGUGACAGGAUUAUGUAUCUAUUAAUAUAAUUAUAUUUUCUAACUGAAGGUAAAUGGAAUUUUUAAAUUUAGAAUAUUUUAAUAGUGUGUCUAAUUUUACAGUAAAAGUACGCGCUUGAAUUGAUCUAAUUAUUUGUAUUUAUGACUACAUUCCAUGUAUAUAGAAUUUUUAAUGAUAUUAAAAAUCACUGUUAUUCUUGUAUUCCUUAGGGAGCGUUCAAGUAUUACGUUACGAUUCUUUUUGUCCUUUUGGAAAACGUUACGAUGCGGGGCGGGGAUUGAAUUACGCGUUACUGUUAAUAUUAUUUUCUACUUACAACACAUAAUAGUAACUAAAGAGUCACU